UGUAUUAGCUGAUAAGAGAUAAACAACUCGCUUGAGUCACGCAGUCACUGCAGUGUUCAGUGCGUGAAGAGAGACUAGACCUUAGUUGCCAUGGUAACCGCCGGUGGAGGAAAUACAAGGUGGUAGCAAUGGGCAUCUCGCCAGCCUCUUGGACAGUUGUUUCAGUUGUCUUGGUAUCGUACAUUAAGGCCUCGAACCGUGGAGUCACCGCUGAAUCAUCAUCGUCAGAAGAGUUCUUCUUCAACAACGUCGUCCCUUUCUUCGGCUCUCCGACCACAUCAAAGCCGUCCUUCAUAGAUGACAUUGAGAACUUCUUCGGGGUUCGUGAGGAGGAGAGGCUAUUCGCGAAGGAGAAAGAUAUCUUCGACCAGAUGAAGAAGGACGAAGAGUUCUUCUUCAGGAAGGAGACGGUGAGGAGGAUGGGCAAAAGUGUGAAGCAGGAAUCGGUACAAGAGGAUGCUCAGGUGGUGACCCAAGGUAGCCGCUACUGCAACUGCCAGGGGAUGUACUGCGGCUGUUGUACUUCCGCGAAGCUACUAGGGAGAGAGAGCUUCAGGGGUUGCCUUGAAAUGGAGUACGUCAAGAAUGACUUCGCCAUCUUCAUCACUCUUACAAUCAACGGCCACGUGAUACUCACCAGGGUGGUGUCAGGUAGAAAUCCUCUGCCAUUCUGCGCUAGGACACCGUACGUGCCUCUGGUGUCCUUCUGUAUACGACUGUACGAUAUCCAUCACAACCCAAGGGGACUGAGUCUCUGCGUGCGGCUGGAGGUGACAUCCAUGCGUCAGAUCCUCUUCUCGCUGAGUUUCGACUGCAUCAAGAUCGAAGAUCACCGGAUCUCGUUUUUGAUGCCGACCAACGCCACUACCUUCGGGGUAGUCGGUCUCCACAUGGGAGAUACCGACCCCUACAUCUCGUACUUGGACUGGACUAAGCUGCACUUUCCUCUGCCUGAGGUGUCUCCAUACCCCUCGACACCGUCUACUCCAUGCCCCACCACGCACAAGAAACGUUUACUUUGGUUCCUUUGACCAGAUCGGCCUCUUCGUAGGAGACAUUGAAGCCUGAAUGUACCGUACUACCUGAAUAAAGCUGCGCUUUCCUCUGCCUAAGAUGUCUCCCAACCCCUGGACACCAUCCAUUCUAUGUCCCUCCUCACAGAAGAAUCUCUUACUUUGCUUCUUGUGAGACAAGCUACCUUCGACCUGGUCGGUCUCCAUAUGGAAGACACUGAAGACUGUAUGUACUGUACUACCUGAAUAAAGCUGCGCUUUUCUUUCCCUAA